AUGACGUCGCCUUUUUUCUCUCCUCCAGAACCUACUUCAUACAAUGUUGUGCCGUACAAUAUCUCCCCUCGAUUAUCAUCUGCUUCAUUUGUGUUGAACGAUGGAACGCAUUUGAUGUCGAGUGAAGUUGUCCCUAACACUGCCCUGUGGCUGGACAACGGCGAUGCCAGAGGGUCUGACAUCGCCCAAAAUCUACAUGGGAUAAACUAUGAGCAUGUCACGUCAAGUAACCUUUGGCCAAACCUGCAAACCUCUAAUCCCUACGCCGAGAGAAUGCCCAUGUUGAAGGCCGACAACAAUACUCUUUCGGAUGGAGAGCUCCAUGACAGGACCGCGGUAGCUCCUUCACAUGCCGCUGGGAAGGAUGCUCCUACACAGGCCAAUUCUCCCGCGAAGCAGUUCUAA